GAUGCCAAGCCGGGAGAAUUUGUUCUUCAAAGUGUGUUCUUGGAAUUCUGUAGAAUGGCUGAGAGAAAGAUUGAACAAGUUUUGGCUGAACCAUUGGAAAAGUCACUAUCAAAAUCAUUACAAAGAGGUGAAGAUGCACAGUUUGAUCAAAUAUUAAUGGUAUUAGGAUGUGUAGCUGAACACAGUCUCCCGUCUAUAUUAAAGUCAUUAUCUAUCUGGUAUGAAAGACAAUUACGUUUUGAAGAUGGUAUAUUGUUAGAAUCACAUAGACAUAGACAUAGGAGUAAAGGGUAUGCUAUUUUACCUUUUACUUGUCUAAGCUCAUUGAAAGGAGAAAAUAAAGACUUUCUAAGUGAAAGGAGAGAUUUAGCUGUUGAGUUUGUAAACUGUUUAGUGUUGAUUGAGGUUCUUACAAAAAAUUCCUACCACCCAGGUCAUGAUGAUAUGAUAAACUAUAUUAUUAGUUCAGCUUUUAAACAUUUUAGAUCAAGAGACAGUAAUCCGACAAAUCCUAACUCAGCUAAUAUUAAUACAAUAGCAGAUCUGUAUGCUGAAGUUAUUGGUGUAUUAGCUAUGUCUAGAUUCCAGGCAGUAAGGAAGACGUUUAUGAAUGAGUUAAAAGAAUUAAAACUAAGAGAUCAAACCCCCUAUACAGCCCAAGCCAUUAUCAGUUUAUUGAUGGGACUGAAGUUUUUCAGAGUCAAGUUACAUCCAAUAGAAGAGUUUGAAGCAAAUGUAGCGUUUCUACAUGAAUUAGGAGUAUAUUUUCUAGAAAUUAGAGACAGAGAAAUAAAACAUGCUCUAGCUGGAUUAUUUGUUGAAAUUUUAUUACCAGUAGCUGCUACGGCGAAGAAUGAAGUCAAUGUACCAGUACUAAAGAACUUUGUUGAAUUAUUAUAUUCUACUACUAUUGAUAUGACAACAAAACGUAAACACACUUCACACCUGUUUCCACUGGUUACUUGUUUACUGUGUGUUAGUUAUAAGGCAUUCUUUCUUAAUAACUGGCCAUAUUUCCUCUCAGCCUGCUUAUCACAGUUAAAAAAUAGAGAUGCUAAAAUGUCUCGUAUUGCUUUAGAAUCUCUCUACAGACUUCUUUGGGUCUAUAUGGUUCGUAUUAAAUGUGAGAGUAAUACAGCUACUACAAGUCGAUUACAAUCUAUAGUUAAUAGUUUAUUUCCUAAAGGCUCGAAAAUAGUGACACCUAAAGAUACACCAUUAAAUAUCUUUGUUAAAAUCAUACAAUUUAUAGCCAAGGAGAGAUUAGAGUUUGCCAUGAAAGAUAUAAUAUUUGAUUUAUUAUGUGUUGGUAGAGCUAUUAAAUUGAAUCUUACACCAGAGAGAAUGAGUGUAGGAUUGAGAGCCUUUCUAGUUAUUGCUGAUAGUCUUCAACAGAGAGAUGGGGACCCUCCUAUGCCUCAGUCUUCCUCUACCCUACCCUCUGGUAGUACUGUCAGAGUCAAACGUACAUUCUUGAAUAAAAUGUUAACAGAGCAGACGGCAAAACAGAUUGGUGUCUUACCAUGGUAUUCUCACAUCUUAAAAACCUUUGAUGCCAUGUUACGAGCUUUAGACUUACUGGUUGGACGGCCAUUGUUGAUGACCAAAUCUGAGAAUGCUAAUAAAGAUGCUGAUGAACUAAUCAUAGGAGAUCGUAAGCCAAAGAUAGAUUUAUUCCGAACUUGUAUUGCUGCUAUACCUAGAUUAAUACCGGAUGGUAUGUCGUCUGGUGAAGUGGUAGAAUUAUUAACUAGACUUACAGUUCAUAUUGAUGAAGAGUUGAAAGGUUUGGCGUUCCAAGCUUUACAGAAUCUAAUGUCAGAAUCUCACUUGUGGAAAGAAUAUGUUUUACAUGGUUUUGUACAGUUUAUAAUGAAAGAUAUCUCAGAUAGUAAUACUCAACUAUUAGAUGGUGCAUUACGAAUGUUGAUGCAGUUAUUAGUACAAUGGAAAUCAUCUAAUAACACAACAAGCAAUAGUACUGGUAGUAAUAAUACAGGUGGUGCAUCUAAUAGACAGGUAAUAGAUGUUUUACAUGAAGUAGAAGGUCUAGCUCUAGUUAUGAUGUGUAGUUGUCGUAUGAUGACUAGAAAAUUAGCUCUCAUUCUAUUGAAAGAAGUUAGGAAUAUUUUUAACACUUAUAACGCUACUCAGGUGUGUAAUCCAUGUUUAUUAGAUGUAAUAGAUAAAGCCUGUCCUACCAUACUAGAAAAAUUACAACAAUAUCUUCCUCCUGCAGAAAAGUCAGUUUACCUAACAUUAUGUAAUAUUGACUUUGCCUGGGUAGUUGAUAAAGCAGCUACCACCUGGGCUAACGUGGAGGGAAGUUCUCAAGAUGGUAACCAAGUCAACUAUAGUUUCCAUAGAAUUGAUUUGUGGAUCAGAUUUGUAGCAGCCAUCAUGUCUAAAGAUUUUGCUUUGACGACCUGCCCUCAUGCUAUAGGUCAUGCUUGGCCUAUCGUUUACACUAGAUUGACAGCUUUAUUUCCAUUGGUUGAUCCUAAUACUCAAACUAAUGAUAAUCGAGCAUCAUCUAUAUUACGAGGUAGUAAGAAAUUAACAACAGAGAAAGAUGUUCAUAUGCAGUUAUGGCAGAACUAUGUAGUCAUGGCUUGUAGUAUAGCACAACAAGGUGCUGUUAUACCUCAUAGAUGUUCUAGCCCUGAACUUGGCAGUUCAUCCCCAGAAAGUAUUUCAGAGAAAACAGAAUCUAGAAUUACAGUCAAUAAUAGUACUGCUACUAAUCUCUUCCAUCUAUUGGUACCACUGUUAAAAUGUGAAAACUCAGAUAUGAAGGAUAUGGUAGUCAAUGGUUUAGGCUAUUGCAAUCCUGGUGUUUUCAAAGAGUUAGCAGAAGAAAUGAUUCACUAUAUAAAAGAAGCUAUAGAUAAGAAACAAGAUAAUUUAAGAAGACGAAGGAAGAGAGAUAUGUUACGUUUACAUUUAGCUCAUAUCUUUGAAUUGAUAGCUUCCAAUAAAACAUUUGCUCAAAGUGAAGCUGGAGUGAUUGAUAAAGAAAAUGGUUGUUUAAGUUCUAUGUUUGUUGAUUAUAUUGAUGGUGCCAGACAAUAUCUGGAAGGAGAAAAUGACAGAGAUUUACCAAUUCUACAACAAAUCAGACUACAUUUUAGUGGAUUUAUACAAAAUCUUAUUUCAAAUACUCCUUUGGAUUUGAGAAAGACUUUGUUGUCUAGAGAAUUAAGAUAUAGUCUGUUUCAUUUAUUUGCCAAUUGGAGUGGUCAUUUUAGUCACACGUUUGGUGCUACUGACAGAAGAUUAUCAGCUAAAGAAGAAACAUGGAAUGAACAAGAACUAUGUGCAGUAAAAGCUAUGUCAGCUGUAUUAUGUUGUGGACGUAUGUUUGACUCUAAUGGUCUCAAUGAUGAUGGUUAUAUAUAUAACUGGUUGGAUACUCUACUUAGCUCUCAUGAUGAAAAGAUCUAUGACCUAGCUAAAGAAACAGUAUUUUUACUGUUAGAGUUUAAUAGUGAUGUACAAGGUUUAUUAGAUUGGGUAAUAGAUAGAUGUUAUACUGGUGAUAUAGAAGUAGCUGAUGGUUGUUUCAGUGCUCUAGCUGCUGUCUUCCAAACUAGAGAAUACCCUUGUGACCAUGUGGCAAUGUUAAACUUAGCUGUAUUGAAUGUUGGAAAUCCAAGAAUAAAAACUCAUGAAACAGCACAACAACUUCUUCAUCUCUUGGAUACAAGAUUCUUCCAGGAGGAGCCAAUCGUGAUGGAGAAUACAGAAGAAGAAGCCCCUCCCAUCCAACCAUUAAAUGACAUUCUAUUGGCUGUUUCUUACUGCCACUCACAAGUAUACCUGUCUGAGCAACUGGCUAAUAUUCAUCCUGAUUUGACAUUACCUAUGAUUUCAGAAAUAACUCACAGGUUUCAAACAGCACGACCAUCAGUCAGACAAACAUUGCUCAAGAAUUUGCUACCAUGGUUACACAAUAUGGAAUUGGUUGAUCCAUCUUUACCUCCAACCAAUCCACUGUCUUCAUUUCUAACUCGUCUCCAAGACAACCAGACUGACAAUUAUGUAACUACAUUACGUGGUGAUGGCUGGGGGUCCACACAAGCUACCGAAAUGGUCUUGAACAAUAUUUUCUUUAUCACUGUCAAGUUUGGAGAUGAACAUCCUGCUGAAAUGGAAGCUCUGUGGUCAGCUCUGUUAACUUGGCCCAGCAAUCUAAAAGUUAUAAUACGUUAUCUAGUAAUAAUAACGAAUGUAGCAGCAUCAGAUUUACUGGAAUAUGUGAAAAGAGUAAUGAGCUACCUGGGAAGAUCAAAGCCUGAGAAGCUGGUGGAUGAAUUAAUGAAUGAAUUACAGAGCAUAGAAACACUGAAUAUGAGUAUAGAAAGAACCCAGACACCACCAUAUUAUAGGUUAUCACCCAUGAGGAAGAUACCUAACGUUAAUAAUACCACAGAUGAUGAGAAGGUAGUUUGUCAGUCUCAUGAUCAGUUAGAGAAAGGUAUACUUCACACCAAACGACAUAGUACUAAUGAAGAUUUACCAAGUGACAGAUUCUUAAAUAAGGUAGUAAGUCUCAACUCUUUCAGUACAACAAGAACAAAUUCGACUGUAUCAUUAAGAAGUAUAGCUAGUACCAGUUCUACUCAAGAUCAAACUCCAAGUCAUGUAUUUUCAAGACCAGGAGAAAACAGACGCAGUGAAUCACCAGUACCCUAUCCAUUACCCAUGCCAGCUUAUGGUGGUUACUUUGCUCCAUUGAAUCAGUUUUUACCAGAGAAUUUACCGUCUAAUCCAGGAUUUCACAGGAGUAAUAUAGCUAUAAUGUUUCUGUCAGACCUUGUUUUAGAUGGUCUAGAGAUAGAUUGGUCACCACAUUUACCACUAAUGACUCAUGUCAUCUUUUUAGGUUUGGAUCAUGGUCGACCAUUAGUCUAUGAACAUUGUAAGAAAUUAUUGAUCAAUCUACUACUGCUGGCCUCAUCACAUGAUCACAGUGAUAUAGCACGUCUGUUACUAGAGGGUAGACAUAACCCAUCAGACACAUUGAAAAUUAUAUCAGAAGAUAAAGAUCCAUCAUUAAAUAUGGUUAACCACCAACUGUUCAAUUACUUUGAUCCUAUCUUUUUAGAAACACCACCUAGAGAGACUAGUGUAUCUAGUCAGAUGAUAGCUAGAUCAACAUUUAGUAUUGAUAGUAGUGCCACCAUUACACCUGAAACUAUAAGUGUCAUGACAGAUCCUGAUAGUUUUAACUCUGUAGAGGAAGUGGCUAAAGCUAUCAUCAAUUUCAUGGACAACAAAAAAGGCCGGCCACUAUGGAGCUGUGAUGACAUCACACCGAAAAUGUUGAACACUCACAGUGCUUCCCUAUUGGAAUAUUUCCUGAAAUGUGUGGUUCGUUGUUUUAAAGAGUUGUCACCCUUGGCAUUGGUUGAACAACGCUGGUCACAAACAGCACUUCAGUUAGCGUUGUCUUGUUCUUCCAGACAUUAUGCUGGACGCUCAUUUCAGAUAUUACGAGCAUUACGAAUUCGACCAUCAACACAGAUGUUAUCUGAUAUAUUAUCUAGACUAGUAGAAACUGUAGCUGAACAAGGUGAAGACAUGCAGGGCUAUGUGACAGAAAUUAUGUUGACCUUGGAAGCAGCAGUUGAUAACCUUGACCUAGAGUUCCGUCCAAUAGAUUUCAUGCGAGAGAUAUUCAUGUCCACACCAAAUCUUGCCAAGGAGAAUAUUGAACGUAGGCCAGGAAUGACAGCACCAAAACAAGCUAUACCCCAUCAUUGUCGUAGUACAAGUUAUUCUGUAACUGUUGUAACACAGAGAGCUAAAGCUGGUAUACUUGAUCUACGUAACAGAAGUAGUACAGAUUCUGAUACCAGAAGAUCUAACCUAGCUAGAUCACGCAGUGCUCAAUCUUUAAAGAACCUGGAUCAAGCUGGUACUGAAGAUAAAGUCACGCUAUUAACUCAGAUGUUCUGGAUCUGUGUAUCUUUAUUAGAAUCAGAUUAUGAAUAUGAGUUUCUAUUGGCUGUAAGAUUACUGGAUAAGAUUCUUUGUCAUCUUCAACCAGAAAGACCAGAAUGUAGAGAGAAACUGGAAAAAUUAUUACAACAGAUAAAAUGGCCGAACUUCCCUGGUGUACAGACGUUAUUAUUAAAGGGUUGUACAUCACAUAUGGCAUGUGAGGCUACAUGGUCUCUAUUAUCACGUGUUGUUUUAUGUAUCAAUGCUCCAAUUAUGGAUCCAUCUGGGGGCUAUGGUUUUCCAAUGAAUGUGAUGGCAAUGUUACCAUAUUUAGUUCAUAAUUAUGAGAAAAAUAAUCAAACUUGUAGAGAUGCUGCUGAUCAUAUAGCUCAGAUGUGUAACCAGCAGUCAGACAGAUUAAAUAAUCUAGCCACUGUAAUGACUCUCUAUAGUAGAGGUACAUUUGGUAAAGACAGUUUUCAAUGGACUAAAUGUGUAGUAAAAUAUCUUCAUGAUGUUUAUUCAUCUGCUGUUGUUAGUAUGGUCUCUUUUCUGGUUGAGAUUUUAGAGAAAGGUUCAUCUAAUUACCAGUCAGCAGUAUUACAGAUUUUACAUUGUUUAGUUCAUUAUAUAGAUAUCAACUCUACACCUAGUAGUUUACUGAAUUCAGAGUUGUUUCACUCAGCAUCUAAACAUGUUCAGGGAGCAAACUUUAAAGAAGCAUUAAAGAUAUUAAAGUUAGCUGUAACAAGAUCAUCUACCCUGGCAGCAGCUCCACCACCUAGUUCCAGUGUAAACAGUGAAUUGAGUGUCUUCUCACAUACUUCAUUUGCUGAGGCUGAAAUAUUCACCAAGAUUCAUAAAGAACUACCAGGUCGAACUCUAGAUUUUUCAGUGGAUUUGUCUAAAACACCUAUAAUUGGUCGAAAAUAUUUAUCAUCAACUGAGGCAUCAAAGUCUGUGGAAGAGACGAGUCAAGCUAGUUCUUCAGCUUCAUCAUCAACAGUUUCAUUAUCUCGUAAACCUUCUAAUAAUCAAGAUAUCGAUUCUGUCUGGAGACGACCCCAAGCUUCUCAGGCUCGAACAAGAGAGAGGUUGGUGAAUCUACUGACAUGUUUUGGACAGAGAGUUGGUUUACCUAAGAGUCCAUCUGUUAUAUUUAGUCAGUCAAGUGAUACAUUAGAUCAUCAACAGAGUGUAGCUUCUAGUGGAGAAGAGGCUUCUUUACCAGAAGUUCCUUCCAGUAAGUUUUCUCAUUCUGAUUCUCUAUUGGAUGUUAAUUCUUAUUUUUAUAAAGAUUGA